AUGGAGAGGCUGACGGACCCGGGCACGCCGGGGGUCAGCGGCCAGGGGCGGAGGGCCGGGAAGCCCCCUCCCCCAGUUGGCCGGUGCGUAAAACCGCGGUGGGCGGUCGACCCCGACUCUGAAGUGCGGCCCCGCAGGCACGACACCACCAGAGUCAAAAAGAAGACCAGACUGGCAGGGAAGAAGCGAGAGGCGAGUCGACCUCGCCUCUACACAGACUCGCCGACCCCAUUUGGGCGGAUGGCGAGCGGACAAUCGUUCCGGUGCCCAAAAAGUGCUGGUGGGGAACGGUUUCACUAUGGGGGUGGUCCUCACGUGUACCCCGGGGCGCCUCGCGGGGCCCCCCGGGGGGCAUCUGCUCCCGGCAUGCCCACCCCCGGAGCCACCCCCGAAGCGUCUACCUCCCGGCGUGGUCACCCCCGGAGCACCCCCCGGAAGGCACCUCGCUCCGGGCCCGACCAACCCCGCCACCUCGAGAUAUAUAUUUCCUGGGUGAGAUGGUGUGGUCCCCCAUGGCGCCCCCCCUCCUGUCUGGUCCACCCCAACCCCCCUCGCGGCUUCGGGUCCCGCCCACUUGCUCCCACACCCAUUUGUUCCCGGGGCGCUCGCCCCCGGAACCCCGCCGCGCCCAGGGCCUUCCCCCCCCCGGGAGCCACCCCCGGGUCCUCGCCCGCUAUGCCGUCACGAACUGGCGAACCCUCUUGGUCGCCGCCGCCCAACCUCCCCCAGCCAACUGGUCAGGGGCCGGGCCCGCGUGCGGACGCCCUUCGCCCCGGCUCAGGACUCCCGCACUCGAUCCCCGUCGCCGGCCGGCCCCGCCGUCCAAGUCCCCCCGCCCGCCAACUGGCCACCCCUCGCCGCCGUCCCGGGCCCCGGAGGACCACCCCCCGCGGCGGCCCGCGGUGCCCAGCCCACCGGGGGGAAGGGCUCCCCGGGAGGGGCUGCGGUGGUGCCGUCGCGGGACCGCCCUGCCAGGCCCGCGCCGACACGCCCACACCCUCCCCCUCUAGGAUCCCGACCCCCGGCGCCACGCACCACGCCCGCCCCGGCGAGCGGCCCCCCCCGGGGGCCCGGACCGCACGGUCCGGUUCGCCUCUACACAGACUCGCCGACCCCAUUUGGGCGGAUGGCGAGCGGACAAUCGUUCCGGUGCCCAAAAAGUGCUGGUGGGGAACGGUUUCACUAUGGGGGUGGUCCGUGCACGAUUUUUUCCCCCCAUACAAAGUGGGCCUCUCUCUCUCUCUCUCUCUGACAAGUUCCCGACACGCGGGGGACUUGGUCGUUUUCUUCCGGCACGCGCGUCACGUGCCCGCCCACCCACUUGCGCUCACACCCACCGCUCCCCGGGGCGCUCGCCGCCGGCCCGCCUCGUCCCUCCGCCGUCUCCCAGCAGUGAACUGGCGAGUCCGAUUUGGCAAAGGACGGCGGCAGACCCCCGGGGGGCCGCCUCCUCCCCUCCAAGCGCCCGGCGCUGCCGGGGACCCUUGA